ACUUGGUAUCCGGACUGACUCCCAGGUCCGCCUCGCUUUUCUCGUCGACCGCCAUGUCCUCAAGCAAACGUGUAAUAUUCUUCGAUAUCGAUAACACGCUGUACUCCGCUAGCACGGGGAUCUCUGCUGCUAUGGGAAAGAGGAUUCAUGAGUACUUCAGAAGUCUUGGUCUAGAUGAAGCCGAGGCGUCCGAUUUGCAUCACGACUAUUACACAAAGUACGGCUUAGCACUACGAGGUCUAAUCUUGCAUCAUCACGUCGAUCCACUUGACUUUGAUGCCAAAUGUGACGGUUCUCUCCCACUGGAGGAGUUCAUAAGCCCGAAUCCCAAGCUUCGGAAGCUGUUCGAAGAUAUUGACAGAACGAAGUGCACCCAUGCAUCUCGGGUACUCCGGAUUCUUGAUCUGGAAGAUCAGAUCGACGGCGGCGUCAUCUUCUGCGACUAUGCGCAGCCUAAUUUCGCCUGCAAGCCCGAUCCUCAAUUCUAUCACCAGGCGUUGGCCAAAGCUUCAGUCUCGGAUCUCUCUCUGUGCUAUUUCAUUGACGACAAUCGAGGCAACGUCGACGCUGCUCGGGCACUCAAUUGGGGUCACGUUGCACACUUUUGGGAGAAAGGACUCGUCCAUGUAGAAGGCGGGAAGGUGAAGGAGAUCGGACGCGAACGGAUAGAGAAUGCAGACAACGGAGCGGUCAUAGUUACUGAUCUUGAAGAGCUCAGGAUUGUCUGGCCUGAAAUAUUCACCAACGGAGAUUAGAUGAUGUAGAUGUCAGA